AUGAGUAGUGCAGAAUCACCAACAUCACCAUCAACAGAAGAACAACAACAAAAUAAUACAUCAUCAUUAUCAUCACAAUUACAUCAAUCAACACAGAUUGUAUAUCCACCAAACGUUACAGAGAUCACUGUAUACUCUGUAUUGUACGGACAUUGGGGCUAUUGGCCUGGACGUGCCGCACGACCAUCCGAAGUCGCUCAAUCAGUACUUCGAGGUUGUAAGAAGGACCAAUUCCUCGUCUAUUUCUUUGGUUCAAACGACUACGGCUUUGUAAAGGAUAAUCAUAUCAAAGCAUAUUGCUCAAAAGAAUUAAUGCAACAAAAGUUGAAGGCAGCUGAUAUGAAGAAGAUGACAAAGGCAAUUGAUUGUGCUGAGCAGUGGAUCAACGCAAAGUCACAUGAGUUCCCAGUGCACCACGAGGUCAGGAAGGUCAAGAAGGAGGUGGAUCACGACUACUCUACACCGACCAAGCCAAGACAGCGUAGAAGAGCGCCCGCCAAGCCGAGCACGGCAGCGGCCAAACGCAAGAUCUCGGCGGUCAAGCAGGAAAAGCUCUCACAGCAAAGGGAUGAGGAGAUUGUGGACAACGACACGUCAGAGUCCAACGACUCGUCGUCCAUGGUCACGCCCACAAAGCGAUCGCCUCUGCAGUUCCUUGGCAAGAACAAUCAUUCUCCAACGUCACAGUACUCGACACAAGGCUCAAGCACAUCGUCCACGACCACUGCACCGGCCAACGACGGCAAUCUCUUCUCUCCUCUGGCCACUCAAUCAAUCACACCUCUGUCUCACAAGCGCAAGCAGCUGGACUUCCAUCCACCCACGCCCUACAAGCAGCCGCCAAUCAAACAGGAACCUGGCGCGGCAAAGAUGGACAAUGAGAUGGUUGAGGCCGAGAUGCUGCAUCUCCUGGCUCUGCACGGUCCCAUCACCAUUGAGGAGCUGCGCGCCAAGGUCACGCUGCCAUGUGACAACAUGCAACGCAUUGUACAGGUGUGCGAGAAGAUCGCCUGCAGGGAUGUGAAUGACAAGUGGUCGCUGACCAACGACCGAUACAGCAAUGUGCGCGAGUCAUGGCAUGGCUAUCAAAAGGAUGAGGAAAAGAAGAAGAUACGCAAGAGGAAGCAAGAUUCAUUGGCUGCACAUCUAGCACAGUCGCGACAAGAAAAGGAGAAUGGAAAGGAGAAGGAGCAGGCGGAUAUCCCGUCAUUAGCCAAUGUCGAACCUGUCCCUGUUGUACAGACACUCAAUCUGACGACAACAACAACAACUACAACGACGACAAUGACAAAGACACCUGGCAGCAGGAUACAAGUAUCAUCAUCAUUCACUCCUCUCUCGCCCAAGGCCAAGAAGAAGUUGGCCGACCCAUUGUUGGACCUCACGCCCAUCAAGCCAAGGCCAUCUCUCACAACAAACUCAAAUACAAACACCAACACAGACAAUAUUGCCACGUUGGAUCAAUGUACAAUGGACUCAUUGCAGCCAAACGCUAUGGAUACUACAAUCCCGCUGUUGGAUGAUGUUUCAGCACCUCAACAACAGAUGACGAUCGACAGCUUUGAGGAGGAAGAGGACGAGGAUGAUAGGAUCGUCUCUACACAGAAUGGCGGGGGAUCUUCGAGCCAGGGCAGUCAGAAGAGCAGCAGUGGCAUCACAAGUAGUCAACAGCAACAGAUCAACACAACGAUAAACAACAUCUACUUUAGCAACAACAACUAUUUGACACAGCAGACAACGCCAACGCCGCCAACACCACCACCCUCGCACAACCUUCGGCCGCCAUCGACACCCUACUCGUCGCCAGGCAUCCCUCCUACGCUAGUAGUUGUAUCGCCUUCAAACAAGAAACGCGCCAAUUACUAUGCCUCUCCAGACGACUCGGACGGCGACUACAUCGCCCCUACCAUCCCCAUCAACUUUAAUGACGCCCAGACAUCCACCACGACCACAUCGAACAAGACAGCAUUCCAACAUCACAAUGGCUCCACUGUUAUAAUCGAUCAAACACAACUACGUGACAUUGUCAAUGACUCUGAUCACAUCAAGUCAAUACUCAAAGAGUCGCUGAAGGAUCUGUUCUCCAAUCACUUCAAACAACAUGCUAUGAAGGACCUACGUGGCAUCAUUGACAAAGAAGUGGCGGCCAAGAUCAAUCAGAUCAAGGAGGACAUUGUCGACGAGUUCAACAGUCAGCUGGGGCAAGAGACCAAGAAGAGGAAGAAGUCCAUCCAAACAGUCAUUCACUCACUCACCGACAUUGAGCAAUCAAUAUGUUCACUGAAGCAAAACCUUGAGCGACUGAUCGAGCGGUAA